AUGACUGAGUUUGAGAUGACUGAUUUAGGAAAACUAUCACAUUUCCUUGGACUAGAAUUUAAUCAAGUCCAGAAGGGAAUGUUCAUGCACCAAAGUAGAUAUGCACUGGAGGUUUUUAAGAAAUUUGGCAUGUUGAACUGCAAUCCUUCUUCCACACCAGCUGAACUAGGACUUAAGCUCGAGAAGGACCCUGAAGAGGAACUUGUUGAUGCAACUGAGUUCAGAAAAUUGGUUGGAUCUUUGAGGUACUUAUGCAAUAGUAGACCUGCUAUCUACUUUGCAGUAAGUUUGAUCAGUAGGUUCAUGAAAAAGCCUAGAGUUUCACACAUGCAAGCAGCCAAAAGAGUGCUUAGGUUUAUUAAAGGGACAAUUGAAAAUGGUGUGUUGUUCCCUUUUGAAGUUAAAUCAGGUGAAUCAGAUAUGUUUAGUUACACAGAUUUUGAUUGGAAAAGAGAUCCAGAAUAG